CGUCACCGUCACUCUCCCUCUCUUCACCACACAACCAUACCAUGCACCCACAAUGACAACUCCAACCCAAACCAUGCCCCCAAACCUCAACCUCCAAACCCUCUUCACCUCCCUCCCCACAAAGAACUGGACCCUCCUCCGAGUCCUCAAAAGCGCAAACCCGCACGACAUCAACGGCAACCUGCACGGCACCGCAUCCUUCACCUCUCUUCCUGACACCACUACCACCACCACACAAGAUCCCCCCGCGCCGCAGCGCCAACUCCUCUACACCGAGACGGGCACCCUGCCGCCACACAUCGGACAUAAUCUCCAAUGGAAGAAGAGUUAUAUCUGGAGGUUGAACUCAUCCACAGCUACAUCUACAGCUACACCUACAUCUACAGUUAAGGAUGAUCUAUCCGUCUGGUUUGUGAAAGUGGGUGAUGAGAAGGUCGCGGAUUAUUUGUUUCAUGGGAUGGAGUUUCUUCUUGAUAGUAAUGAAUCUGGGAGUGGUGGGGAUGAGGAUGAGGAUGGGGGGGAGGAGUUUGUGAGUGCGCCGGUGCCGCCGCCGGCGGCGACUAUACCCGGAGGGGAGCUGGAAACGGUGGUGGUUACGGCGAGGGGAAAUCAUCUUUGUAUUAAUGAUAUGUAUCGGACGGCGUAUGCGUUUCGGGUGGUUAAGACUGAGGAGGAUGAUAGUGAUGGUGGGGAUGGGAUUGGGGAGGUGGUUAGUUGGGCGAGUAGACAUGUGGUUAAGGGGCCGAAGAAGGAUCAGGAUAUUGUGAAUUAUUAUACGGUGAGGGAGGGGGUUUAGAGAUUAUAGAUUGUGGAGGGUGAAUAUGUAGAUUGAUUCUGGUACAGCUACAGCGUGUAUAUAAAGUCUGGCCGCUUGUCUCCAAGCUUCUCGAUCUCCUGUCUCUCCAGUCCUGCUAUCCAGUGGUCUCGGUCUCCCCGACGGCGUUUCGCGUUCUCCCGUCGGAGGAGAACAUACUGCACGAGUGAUCCACCAAACAGGAACAGCACCAAAUAUGCCAGCACCGCCCCGUGACCCGGAUAGUACUGAGG